AUGCGCUUGAUCAUCCGCGACGACGCCAGCAAGGCGAGCGCCUACGUGGCCAGCUACAUCGUCGACCGCAUCCGCGCCUUCAACCCUACUCCCGAGAACCCCUUCGUCCUCGGCCUGCCCACGGGCUCCAGCCCCCAGGGCGUCUACAAGAUCCUCGUCCAGAAGUACAAGGCCGGCGAGAUCUCGUUUGAAAAUGUCGUGACGUUCAACAUGGACGAGUACGUCGGCAUCCCGCGCGACCACCCCGAGUCGUACCACUCCUUCAUGUGGAAGCACUUCUUCUCGCACGUCAACAUCCACCCCUCCAACGUCCACAUCCUCAACGGCAACGCGCCCAACCUCGAGGCCGAGUGCGUCGCCUACGAGGACGCCAUCAAGCGCCACGGCGGCAUCGACCUGUUCCUGGCCGGCAUCGGCGAGGACGGCCACAUCGCCUUCAACGAGCCCGGCUCCUCGCUCGCCAGCCGCACCCGCGUCAAGACGCUCGCCUACGACACCAUCCUCGCCAACUCGCGCUUCUUCGACGGCGACAUCGACAAGGUGCCGCGCAUGGCCCUCACCGUCGGCGUCCAGACCGUCCUCGAGGCCCGCGAGGUCGUCGUCAUCAUCCUCGGCCAGCGCAAGUCGCUCGCCCUCCAGCGCUGCAUCGAGCAGGGCGUCAACCACAUGUGGACCCUCUCCAGCCUCCAGCUGCACCCUCACCCCAUGAUUGUGGCCGACGAGGACGCGACCCUGGAGCUCCAGGUCAAGACGGUCAAGUACUUCAAGAGCAUCGAAAAGGUCGCCCGCGAGGCCGGCUUCGAGCAGAUCCUGCCCUCCAAGGUCCGCACCGGCAACGGCCCCAUCCCGCAGACCAAGGUCGACGAGGUCAACUCCCCCACCAUCCACUCCCCGCAGCCCACCACCUCGCGCCUCCUCCGCGCCACCCCGGCCGCCGAGUACCCCAUCCGCUCCGUCUCCCCGGAGCUGGUCCCGGACCGCAUGGCCUCUCGCAUCCCCGAGCCGAACCUGUCCAAGCGCCUGACGCCCAACCCUGAGCAGCAGGCUGCCCGGCAAAACGCCAUCAGCGCCUAA